AACCACGAUGAAUCCACUACAAGAAGAAACAUUCUACCAGCAGUUCAGCAACCAACGGGUCCCAAAGCCAACCUACCAGAGGAGGACCUACCUGUGCUACCAGCUGAAGCCACAUGAAGGCUCCGUCAUUGCCAAAGUCUGCCUUCAAAAUCAGGAAAAGCGCCAUGCAGAAAUUUGCUUUAUUGACGAUAUAAAGUCACGACAACUAGACCCAUCCCAGAAAUUCGAAAUCACCUGCUAUGUCACAUGGAGCCCCUGCCCCACCUGUGCCAAGAAACUGAUUGCGUUUGUCAAUGAUCACCCCCACAUCAGCCUGAGGCUCUUUGCCUCCCGCCUGUACUUCCACUGGCGCCAGAAGUAUAAGCGGGAGCUGAGGCACCUGCAGGAAUCUGAGAUCUCCCUGGCUGUCAUGAGCUACCUGGAGUUUAAGGACUGCUGGGAGAAGUUUGUAGACCACAAGGGCAGGCCUUUCCAGCCCUGGAACAAGCUGAAGCAGUACAGUGAAAGCAUAGGCCGUCGGCUCCAGAGGAUCGUCCAGCCCCUGAACAAUUUAGAGAAUGACUUCAGAAAUUUGAGACUUUAAUGAGCAUCGGGCCCCCCAACCCCAUUCCUGAAGCAUCUCAGCGGUUCAUAAACUGCUGCCUCUGAGGAGCAGGUUGUGAGCUCUGCAGGCACAUCUAACCCUCUCCUUUCCUCCUUCAUUCUUUUGUUUCCUUUUAUAAGUGGGUAUAUAUUUUUAUAAUUGAGAAAAUAAAGAGAAUGUGUAAGUCUGUAGAAGUUGGAUUACUUUCUAAAAGGGAAAUCGGGAUUUUCCCUCAGGAAAAAAAAAAUGAGUAUAAGGAAAGGCCUUUUUAUUCUACUGCACCAAGAAAAAAAAUGUAUCUGAGAAUUCCCUCUCAAGUCUGGAAUAGUUGGAUCAUUUUGUCUUCCCCUCUAUCCUCUGUUCCUUUCCAGUAUCUCCUAGCCAUCUAAAUAAAUGAGGUGAAACAGUUGGGCGCACGCAGUGGCUCAUAGAAUUGCCUGGAGGGAUAAAUAAAACCACUUGGAGCAGUGUUAUUGGGUGCUCUUAGUUGGAGCAAUAAGAGCCAACUCCGGCUGAUGAAAACAGGAAAAGAAAAAAAAAAAAGAUUUGUUAAAAAGAUGUUGGGAGUCUCCUUGAAGCUCUAGGAAAGAGGGAAAGCUAGAUUUGGAGGCUUCCAAACAGGAAGGAGCCCCCCCCCCAACUAUGCUAUAGAGCUGGUUUCAUGAAGGUGGCGCUGCCAGUGGCAGCACGCUCCACCUGCAUAAGCCCCACCUAGAAGCCAGGCGCUGACCCAGGGCCUCUGCUUGGCUGCCUCCACUGCCAACACCCACCCCACCCCCAGAAUGGAGAAAAGGAAAGGAGAAGA